AUGAGUUCAAGGGGAGUGUUCAGAGCAACACCAGACAACAACUAUUUGGUCCCAAGGAGAUCCAGAGACCACCAACAAGAUACCAGUCCUGACCGGAACCCAAUCUGGUCUGAGCCUCGUCAUAAACCGGUCGUUAACCGGAAAGUCCCCGUCGUUUAUUAUAUCUGCCGGAAUGGUCAGCUUGACCAUCCUCAUUUCAUGGAAGUCACUCUCUCUUCCCACGAUGGUCUCUAUCUCAAAGAUGUGAUAAACCGCUUGAAUGAUCUUAGAGGUAAAGGCAUGGCAAGUCUCUACUCUUGGUCUUCGAAACGGAGCUACAAAAAUGGCUUUGUGUGGCACGAUUUAUCCGAAGACGACUUCAUCUUCCCCGUUCAAGGUCAAGAAUAUGUUCUCAAAGGCUCUGAAGUUCUCGAUUCUUGUCUCAUGUCAAACCCAAGGAGCCUCCUCGAAACGACGUCGUUCAGAGACCCAAGAUCUCUAAACCCAGAGAAUAAAAACUCCGGCGAUGAUAUCUCGACGGUGAAUCGCCGGAGAAACCAGUCUUGGAGCUCCAUCGAUCUCAGCGAGUACAAGGUGUACAAAGCAACCGAGUCAAGCGCCGAGUCGACUCAUAGACUCGCGGCGGACGCUUCUACACAGACUGACGAUAGACGACGGAGGAGAAAACCGGCGAAAGAGGAGAUAGAAGAAGUGAAAACUCCGGCGAGUUACGAGAACAAUCAGAGCACUGAGACUGAGCUGAGCAGAGACGAGAUUUCUCCUCCACCGUCGGAUUCGAGUCCAGAGACUUUAGAGAAUCUGAUCAAAGCAGAUGGACGGUUGAUAUUGCGUCCUAACGAAACCAGCAACGAUCAUCAUCGGACGGUGGAGAGUUUAUCGAGCGGGAGAAUGAGAGCUUCGGCUGUUUUGAUGCAGCUGAUAUCGUGCGGUACGAUGUCGUUUAAAGAAUGUGGGCCCGUUUUGUUGAAAGAUCAAGGGCUGUCGUUGACUGGGCGUAGCGAGUGCACGGUAAGCGGAGGAGCAGGUGAUAAUAGUAGCGGAGAGAGGGUAGAGAAGGAAUUAAAGAGUUUUGGAAGGGUAAAACUGGAAGAUAAGGAGUAUUUUAGCGGCAGUUUGAUUGAGACCAAGAAGGAGGAACUCGUUCCUGCUUUGAAAAGAUCUUCUUCUUACAAUGCGGACAGGAGUUCGAGGAUGGGACCAACGACGGAGAAUGAUGAGGAAGAGGUGGUUCGAGCCAAGUGCAUUCCGAGAAAACCAAAGCCGGUGGCUCCAAGGAGCAAUGGUGGGCAGUAG